UACUUCAACUACAGCGUGGUGCUGAGCCUGCUGGCCUGCUCCGUCUUCCUGCACAUCAGCAGCAUCGGCAAGCUGCUGCUCAUGGUGGCCAUCGAGGCCACCUACCUGGUGCUGGUGGAGGGACCCCAGGCCACCCUCUUCGACAACGCCGACCUGCUGGUGGUGGCCAAUGCCCUGCCCUCCUUCAAUGUGACCCAGGGUGAAUGCCCGGCGGAGGGGAAGGUGGCCCUGCGGUACGUCACCCCCGUCAUCCUGGCCGUCUUCGCGCUGGCGCUGUACCUGCACGCGCAGCAGGUCGAAUCCACCGCCCGCCUCGAUUUCCUCUGGAAGCUGCAGGCGACGGGUGAGAAGGAGGAGAUGGAGGAGCUGCAGGCGUACAACCGCCGGCUGCUGCACAACAUCCUGCCCAAGGACGUGGCGGCGCAUUUUUUGGCGCGGGAGCGACGCAACGACGAGCUCUACUACCAGUCGUGCGAGUGCGUGGCCGUCAUGUUCGCCUCCAUCAGCAACUUCUCCGAGUUCUACGUCGAGCUGGAGGCCAACAACGAGGGCGUCGAGUGCCUGCGGCUGCUCAACGAGAUCAUCGCCGACUUCGACGAGAUCAUCAGCGAGCAGAGGUACCGGCAGCUGGAGAAGAUCAAGACCAUCGGCAGCACCUACAUGGCGGCCUCGGGCCUCAACGCCUCCACGUACGACCGCGAGGGCCGGAGCCACAUCGCGGCGCUGGCCGACUACGCCAUGCACCUGAUGGAGCAGAUGAAGUACAUCAACGAGCACUCCUUCAACAACUUCCAGAUGAAGAUCGGUCUGAACAUGGGGCCGGUGGUGGCAGGGGUGAUCGGGGCGCGCAAGCCGCAGUACGACAUCUGGGGCAACACCGUCAACGUCUCCAGCCGCAUGGACAGCACCGGGGUCCCAGACCGCAUCCAGGUGACAACGGACCUGUACCAGGUGCUGGCGGCCAAGGGCUACGUGCUGGAGUGCCGGGGGCUGGUCAAGGUCAAGGGCAAGGGGGAGAUGACCACCUACUUCCUCAACGCUGGCCCUGGAGGGAGUUAGGAGCAAGGGGGGGGGAGGGCCGUGGUGUUCCCCCCCACCCCCAGCCCCAGGCUGAUGCCCCCCAGCCUGCACCAGGGGUUAGGCAAAAAAAAAAAAGGAAAAAUCCCCAAAUCCACAUAUUUAGAAAAAAAAAAAAAAAAAAAAAAAAAGAGGAAAAAGGGAGAAACGGACACAAGGGAGGUGGCUGGAGGUGGGGGUGUCAUCCCCCCCCCCCCCCCCCUGUCGUCCUCCCCCCCCCAGGGCAGUGUGUUGAGGGGAGCAUUUCUCAGCCCUGUACCAGGGUGUGUUUUGGGGGGGGUGGGUGGGUGUCAGGGUGCAACCCCCCCUUUGCCAAAAUCCCCCAUGUGCCAAAGAGGGGAGGGGGACACCCCCCCGGGGAAGGGGCUGGGGUGGGGUGUGGGGUUUGGGGGUGGGGGUCUCCCCAACCUCCUCCAUGUGCCAAAUUAAAGUGCCGCCUGCUGGGGGGGGACACACACACAGGCAAAGCACCUUCGCAGCCCCCCAGAACCCCCACCCAGGGGCCCGGCCCUCCCCAGCCAGGGGGUCCUGUACCCUCCCGGGGGCUGCCGGUGGGGAGGGGGGGGGGCAGCUUCCCCUCCUUUUAAAUGCAAAAAAAAAAAAAAGUGACUUUUUUCUUUUUUUUUUUUUUUUCUUUUUUUUUUCUCUUUUGUUUUCUGAAGCCGUUUUGGGGCCGGGGGGGCUCAGCCCGGGUUGGGGGGUACUGCCCCCCCCCUCAGUGCAGACCUGAGGUACUUUGUCCUUCGUGUGUACAGAUAAAUUAUAUAUAAAACUCACUUUGGA